AUGCCACUACUUGACGCGCGCGACGGGGUAUCCUACGGUGCUAUACCGCGGGAAAACAGCCACACCAAUAUGGAGACGCAUGAACGAGAACAGCUACUGCACGAUGGCUACGAGACGGAAGGGGAUCCGAGUGAUGUUUCGAGCAUGGGGGAAGCGCAGGAAGGUGUGCGAAAAAUUGAGGCGAUUAAUAUGACUUGGACUUCUAGAUCUUUAAUGAUCGCCUACGUCAGUAUAUUCCUUAUGGCGUUCUGCACGUCCCUGGAAGGGCAAACUGUCAUGUCACUAUCAGCAUAUGCCACUAGCGCCUUCAGUCAACACUCGUUGAUUUCCACUGUUCUCGUGGUGCAAAAUGUAGUCAAUGCUGUGAUCAAGCCUCCAAUGGCAAAGGUCGCCGAUGUGUUCGGUCGCUUCGAAGCCUUUUGCCUCAGCAUCCUCAUCUACAUACUCGGCUACAUUCAGAUGGCCGCGUCGACCAAUGUCCAAACCUAUGCUUCCGCCCAGAUCUUCUACUCUGCCGGAUCAACAGGUCUACAGAUUUUACAACAAGUAUUUAUCGCUGACAGCAGUGAUCUUCUGAAUCGUGCUUUCCUGGCACUUCUCCCGGAGUUCCCUUUCCUAGUCACUGUAUGGCUAGGACCCACAAUUGCAGGUGCUGUCCUUCGAUCCAGUUCCUGGCGUUGGGGCUAUGGCAUGUGGGCGAUCAUCCUGCCUGCUGCAUUUUUACCGCUCGCCCUUUCGCUGCUGUUGAAUCAGCGCAAAGCUCAACGGUUGAAUUUAAUCAAACCGAAAAAGGCGAGACGCAGAAGAAGUCUCUUGAGCAUCAUGCGACGGACCUGGUAUGACUUGGACGUGGGUGGGCUUACGCUCCUCUCUGCUGCGGUCACCUUGAUCCUGGUGCCUCUGACUCUAGCAGCAAAUUCCAAGAAUGGAUGGAAAACUCCAAGCAUUAUUGUGAUGAUGGUUGUUGGUGUCAUCUGCUUGUUUAUUACCCCCUUAUAUGAAUCAUCGAAGAAGCUGGCCCCCAAGCCUUUGCUUUCUUUACAUCUUCUCAAACAGCGAACUGCUCUUGCUGGUUGCGCAUUAGCAUUUUGGUAUUUCAUGGCAUUCUAUUUUUCUGUUCAACCAUACCUCUACUCCUAUCUUCAAGUUGUCCAAAAUUAUGAUGUGGCCACCGCUGGCCGUGUCACCCAGACCUUUGCAUUUACUUCCACCAUUGCUGCAUUUACCGUGUCACUUCUCAUCAAAUAUACCCGCCGAUAUCGGAUCUUCGUCACUAUAGGUUGUGUCAUAUACAUGACAGGCUUAGUCUUGAUGCGCAUGUGUCGCCAAGAAGGUGCUUCGCAUUUACAGGUGCUCGGCACCCAGAUCCUCGUUGGCUGCGGCGGCGGUUUGCUCAAUGUCCCCGUCCAACUCGGCGUCCAGGCAUCCGCAAGUCACCAAGAAGUUGCUGCUGCUACUGCGAUGUUUCUUACCUCCAUGGAAAUGGGUGGUGCUGUCGGUGCCGCUAUCUCCGGCGCUAUCUGGACAUCACUUAUCCCCAAGAAGCUUCAGCAAUACUUGCCCGAGGAAACUAAGUCCCAAGCCGGUGAGAUCUUUGGUAAGCUGACCAAAGCUCUGGAGUACCCAGUUGGAUCACCAACUCGCCUCGCCAUCAAUCGUGCCUACCAAGAAACUAUGAACCGUCUCCUUACAUUCGCUAUCGUCGUGACCCUGCCUCUGAUCCCGCUUAGUCUCGUUAUGGUGAACUAUAAGCUUGAUAAGAUGAGCCCUAGUCACGAUGGCGGUGAUCAAACUCCUCCACCAGUGGAGUCUGAGGCGGAAGAUGACGACCCACGCCACAAAUAG